UGUUUCCAAAGAUCAGAUCCAAGAAGAAAAAUCGGGCAUCAAAACAGUGUAACUAUGACUACGCACGUGACAUAGGUCUAGACCGGAACUGCAAUUAUUCCAGGAACAGCUAUUACGAUAAUGUUGUGGCGGAAACGCAAUUACCAUACGACAAAUGUCUCCAGCAAACAAAUGAAGAUAGGUACCGUAAAUUGGACAGUUCUGUAACUUAUUAUGACAAUGCAAGUUACGGCAAGUUGUUGCGAUGCUCAUUUCCGCUUCCGGAACUGCGCGUGAACAUAGACAGCACCUGUGGAUGCAUCGAUUGUGCUGGCAAUGGCUUCGAUCAAAAUCAAAUCAACAAUCCUUUUUAUCCCUACCCACGUGAUGCAGGCUCCGUGUGGAUCCAGGUGGAAACCCCGUCUGAUUCAUGUAGUACAAUACCACGUGCUCGAACUCGAAUAAAGACUAAUCCAUGGCUACCGUCACCAAAAGCCACGCCUUCGGCGUCCCCGACUGAUCCAAUAAUCGACUUCUUGCCCGUUGAUGUCUGCAACAUGAAAGCUAGCAGAAUGUCACUUCCGCUUCCGGUGCCCGUUCCCAAAGGUCGAACUGAAGUUGCUGCACAUGCGGGCAGUUGCACAAUACCGGGUUUCCAUGAAUGCACUGAUGAUAACAUUAUGUAUUCCCAACCUGUUCUCAAAACAUGCCCGUUCAAAUCCAAAAUGAAACGCUCCCAAAAUUUGGAUUUCAGGUCACUUCAAAAUGGUUUAACCGGGAAUGACAUCCUUUCUAAAUACCGUGCUCGAUCUCCCAGUGUGGAUGCCUAUGAUACCGAUAUUUCCAGAUCCCCCUCUCCAGUCAUUGAUAAUUCGAUUAAUGAAUCAUUUCAUUUAGGUUUUAUUUAUGAGGACACCAUAGAUGACUUGCUUGAAACGUCUACCAUUGUGCGAGAUGAUACAUUUGAGUCAUUAAAAGAUCAAACGAAACCCAAAGAAGACCCCAACCAAGACAGAAACAGCCCACUACUCGAAAGCAAAUACCAUAGACUUUAUUAUCCUGUUGAAAAGGACCUGUCUCCAUCUCCUUCCGCACCAUCUUGCAGCAUUUCUGAAAAGUUGGAAACCACGUUUGACGAAUCGGUAACGCAAAAUAUGCAAGCGUCUAUUGACACCGGUUACGCUAGUGGAACGCCUCAUGACAUUGAUUCUGACAGCAUGUCGUCAUCUGGCGACCUUGACACCAUUCCCGAUCAUGUGAGCGAGGUGGAACUGGAGUGGGACAACGAUCCCUCCACUCACACACUUCUGGCUGAUUCGCCCAUCGCAAACAAUCUGACAUCACAGGUCAAACCACCCUAUCUAAUGUCACAUAAGAACAUUACAGAAAUAGAUAUCGCUUGUGUAAAGAACGAGGGAACACAUAAUGCCAUGGUGGAUUUGUACUGUGUAACACAUAAGUUUGAAGAUAAAAACAAUGAAAAUUAUGUUCAAUGUACAUUUACCAUUCCAAGAAAGCAUCAAAAUCCACAGGUAAGUGUGGGCUCCAAAAAAUACCGUCGUAGGUCAAGGUCUUUGGCUGACCUCGACCUAACCUUGGAAGAAAAGGUCAUUAUGCUUCGGGAAGAAAAGGCCAUGGUCCAGAGAAAGAUCCAGGAUUCCAUACUAGAGGAUAGGAAACGUCGUUACGAAAUAGAUAAGAACAAGUCGGAGAAGGCCGAGUACAAGUCGGAGAAGGCCGAGUCUAAGACAUUGCUCUGGAAAACACUGCAGGAUCUCAAGACGAGACUGGAGGGACAAAGUGAGCGGCUGCAAUCCAGCUACCAGGCUAUACAGACGCUCCGAGCGAGGUUCACACCGAGGAGACAGACGCUCACCGUCAUGGAAACGCACGUGUAGUCGCUGUGGCAACGAUGUGACGAGAUAUUUUGAAGAUUGUGUUGCAGUUUGAAUUUCAUAUCAGUUUACAAAAGACCAAAUUAAGAACUCAACAAAUCCCGUAUUACAUGCAACAACUGAUUUUCAUUGUUGAACACACGGGUCAGAUGAAUAUUUUUCAUGAAUAAAUGGUAUAAUGAUAUUGUAAUUUGAGUGACCUUUCAAGCACCAUUCUUUAAAUAUAGAUUUGAUAAAUGUAGCGGAUGGCCGUUUUGGCUUUCUUACGAAUAACAACUUUAAAAUGAAAAACCCUACUGCGCAACAUAUACGCUGCAGAAUUUUUUUGUAUCAGGGGAGAUAACCAAAGCGUUUUUGUUACUGUUGUUUUUGUUAAAGCAUACAUGAAAACACUAUGUAUGUGUAUUAUAUUCGUGCUUUCAUGCGAUGUAGUUUUUUACCCAUUUAUGCCUAAUGGACUCUCCCAUCAUUUUAAAUUGGAUCAAGGUAUUUCCAAAAUUAGGCAUGUCUAGUAUAUUUAUUUCUAUAUUUAGAAUUUUUCUUACAGAAAUUCCUUUAAGCAAAUAGCGCUGACCCUGAUGAGACUCAUGCGGCGUCUCAUCAGGGUCUAGGCUGUGUGCCAAGGCCUUUUUUCUAGACGCUAGACAUAAAUGGUUUAAGGCAGAACAUUUGUCUUCUAGAAUGGAUGAACAAAAAACAACAACAAUAUAUUUGGUUUAAGUUUACUUCAAGACAUAAUAACAGGAUUAAAAAACAUACAUGUAAUGUAAAAUAAAUAACAUUAUAUUUUGAUUUUCAAAAUCUGUUUUUGUUAAAUUUUUCUUAUUAAAAUAAGUAAAUUAUAAAUGCGUUUCUCUGUAUUCGACAGAGCUUUGGUCCGGAUGUUGUCUACUUUAUACUUUCUAAUAUGAGUCGCGCCAUGCGAAAAUGGAUCUAAUGUCAUAUGCGGAAAGGGUAGCGCCUGAUCAGCCUGUGCAAUUGCUCAGUGCGUAUGCACAGACUGAUCUACGUUAGGUUCGUUAUGCAUAAGACCCAUUUCCACAUGAUGUGGCUCAUAUUUGAACAGUAAUAAAUGUGUAUUAAAAUAAAUUGCAAUAUACAAAAUGGCUGCAUUUUUUAAAUAUAAUUUUAGUUUAACACGAAGUCAUAUAUUAAAUUAUCUAAUAGGCGAUGAUAACAUGUAUCAUUUGAACGAAGAAAUUUGUACUUUAAACCGAAUUGCAUUCUUAUAUUAUAUUCUGGUAAAAUUUAGUUUAAAAUGACAGUUUACGCAACCAAGAUGUUUCCUGUAGUGUUUUUUUUAAUGUAUUAUAACUAAACUGUAACGUGUUAUAAAAACCUUUCAUUUCAAAAUGCAUUUGAAUGUAGACCAAAAAACAUUUGAAUGUGAGUUGAAUAUACUUAAAUGAGUUGAAAAUUUUCUCACGUUUAUUAAUCAUACGAUAAAAUAUGGCAUUUGU